AGACACACACACACAUACAAAAGCCAAGGUCGUUUUUCGACAGCCGGUUCGGCUCGCGUCGUGUGUUCCGCGACAUGUCCCUCUACCUUUCCGCUCUUGUCUGCCAGCGCUCGUGAAGGAAACCCAGCACACACACACACACACACACAGUUGGCAUCUCUAUUUUAAAAGCGCAAGAGCGCAUCGCUGGCGGAACACGCGUUCCUCUCAAGCUCACACGUAUGCGUUUUGUUUAUGUUUGCGUGUGUUUUCCGCUUGCAACCGUCUUCGGAGUAACUAGCGACCACAACGCCAAGACAGCUGCGUACGUUGGGUAGCCACGGAGGCGACCACUUCAGAAGAUAGCUGACAACACCCACAACGAAGCAGCCACUGCAACAUCAUCCCACAGAGAAGACGAAGUGCACAGAGGUGUUCGUGCGUCAUGUUCACGUCUCCUACCGCCUGGGAGGAUUUGUACGGACACCACCCAAACAGCACCGACCGAGCUACGCAUGGCCCCCCUCCCCCGCGGCAUUCCACACAGCAGCUGGCAGACGAACAGGCAGAUCCACGACAACGAAUAGAGGAGAACAACAGUUGCACGAUAGGUCGUCACUCCAACGCAGGAGCUUUCCUCUACGGGCGGCCGAGCAGCGCAACCGAGUUCGGUGGAGCUUCCGGGUGUGGACAGAGGCGCGACGCAGAGCCGACGCGCGGGCAGGAGCGGUUUCUUUGUCCUUCGUUCUCUUCCUUUGUUACGCCACGCACCGUCACGUCGCAGCCGGUGCGUGUGUUCCCUCCCCCUCCCACUCUCCCAGUCGCGACACCCGUGCCUCUUUGGAAUGAAGCCGCGCCCCCUCGCUUCCCACCUGCGUCGAACGACCCCGUCUUCUCGAACCGUGGUGGGUGGCUGUCCCCGACGGCGGACGUUCCGCAUGCGAGGACAAUGGAACCGCAAGGAGGUGGUCCGUGGUUCUACGGCGUACCGGCUUGUAACGCUCCGCCUUACAGUGGGCAGCAGGAAUCAAUCGAAGGACACGCGGCGGCAACGUACGCGGAUAAUUCAAACCUGCACGACACCCGCAGCGGAGACCUUUCGAUGCACAACGCACCGCCUGCACCAUGGGGCACGGCGGGAGCGGGGCACUCUCGCAACGUAGUGCCUGCCGCGUACCCGGGGAGCGUGUACCCUUCAACACAGAGGCGACAACUGGACGGUGGAGCGUGCUAUCAGCCUCCAGUUUCGACAGACAACUUCUAUUAUCACGAUGCUACCAACCACCACCGCAACGCUGCCUACGCAGGAGAAGACGUCAAUGCAAAUUUGCAUGAAGGAGACUCCUCUUACUCAAAGGCUUCUCGUACCGCUCCUGCUCCUGUGAGCAACGCGUAUUCGUAUUACGCAGUCCCUUUGGACGGGUGCAACAACGGUGCCACACCGACUCCACACGAGCGCCUUGAUCUUUCCCCAGAGACGCUGCAGUGCCUCUCUAUUUCUGACGGUGCUCGCCAGCUCAACUCCGUGCGUCACCGCUCCGCUGCCGCCGCGGCCGGUGCGUUUCAUUUGAACUCCUCCGGCCCAUCGCCUGCGUCGGCACGUGGGAGUGCGACCGGAGUCUCACGCUCCGCGCACGCCCGGCUAGAACGGAGAGGCCCACUUGACAGCACGCCGCAUCCAGCUGGUGCGGACCCUUCUCCUCCACAUUCCCCGUUAUCCAGCGCCGCUGCAACGAGUGCAUCGAUGACCGCUGCGGCUGCCGCUGCCUCAGGUGGCGGUGGGAUCGUUCAGACAGAGCCGUGCUGUGUUGCUGCCAUCAUCUUCAACAACGCGAAGGAGGUCGGUGUGGCCCUGUGCGAGCUGCCCUCCCUCACCAUUUCACUCCUGCAGUUCGCCGACACGGCCGUCUUCUUCAAAACGACCUCCCUCCUGCACUCGCGCAACCCGGUGGAGGUGCUCGUGCCGUCGACGGUGGUGGACACCGAGUUGGUGCAGACGCUGCUGCGGCAGCACGGCGCGCACAUGACCUUCACAAGCGUGCAGCGCUGCUUCUACCACACCGAGGCCGGCGUGCAGCGACUCUCGCAGCUCAAAUCCAGCGAGGAGGCGGCCCUGUGCAUCGAGGAUACCGAUCGCUACCUGUGUGUGGCGGCGGCGAAUGCGCUGGUGCUCUACAUGGAACACGUGAACGAUAUGCAGCUGCUGCCGGGGUCGGUGCGGGUGCGCGCUGAGGCGCUGGAGCACUUCAUGGAGGUCACACGCACCACGGCGCGCGCGCUGCAGAUCAUUGCGGACGGCAGCGGCACUGUCGGUGUGCUGUCGAGUAGCGCCUCUUCAUCACAUGUGCUUACGAACGACGACGCCCAAGAUGUCAGCCAAAGUGGACAGAGGAUGGACGCACCGUCCACAUCGCGGCGGCGACCGCGGAGCGCCCGUGCCGCGGCGGCAACCCCCUCUUUAAGGUCUGGGGCUGUGGAGGGGACUUCCACCACGUUGCGGGCGGCGGCGCUCGUCGAUGUCGUUCCGCGUGCCUGCACCAUCAUGGGUCAGCGCUACCUACGCCGCGCCCUCCUGCAGCCGCUACGCGACCGCAUCGCCGUGCAGGGCCGCCACGACACGGUGGAGUGGCUGCUGCGCGACCCGCGUCGGCUGCACGUGCUGCGGGCACUGCUGCGGCGCACCGCCGCGCUCGACCUGGAGCGGUUGACGGCGACGCUGACGUUGCAGCCGCGACGAGAGCGGACCGACGCGCAGAAGCAGUCCUACUUAGAGUCGUUGCUGCUGCUGUGGAGCGCGCUGCCGUACUUGGAGCGUCUGCACACGCAACUCCGUGCCCAUCUUGGGCCACCUCCUACCGACGCAACUCCGACCAUUCAUUUUCCAUCGUCCCCGUCCACGCCAUCAGACACUAAAGAGCAGCAGCAACCGCAGCAACAGCAGUCGCGGGAAACGGAUGAAUCCUUGUCAAGGGUAAAAGAACCCGUGACAGUGGCGAGCACGCCGGUGUACCCCUCCGUGCUGCACAGCGUCGCCACGACGCUCCAUCAGUGCCGCUUUACGGAAUUGGCCGCGUUGAUGGGCCGCUACCUGGAGCGCUCCGUCCUUCCUUCCGUUGUGGAGCACAACGAGCGCGGUAGGGCGACAGAUCUGCAGAACGCAGGAGCUGAAAUGCCCUUCUUCUUUGAACAGGGAAGGCGUCACGGAACGAGUGCGAGCUUGGUCAACGGCGUUGCACAGCGCAGACCGCCACCGACACCGCGAGCGGCCACGACAACGCUCCUGCGCGUGCUGCGCAUGUGUUUUCUUGUCCAAGCCCCACCCGGCGGCGAGCUCGACGCACUGCGCACUCGACUAAGUCAGCGCAUUACCGGCAUCACGGCCUACGCAGAGGAGCUGCGGCGGCGCUAUCAGCUCUACUCGCUGCGCCUCGAGCCGGAUCCGGUGAAGUUGUACUGUUUCUCGUAUCUGUCGACGGAGGAGUCGAAGGCGCAGGCGGUGCCGUUUACGUGGCGCUACGCCGGCGGGUCGCACUUUGCCCUGCUGCUGGCCGCUCUACGACAACAGCAGCAGCAGCAGCAGCGGCUGGAAGCACACGGAGGAGUAUUUUCAGAGAAUGAUGAGGAUGACGACGAGGCCACGGAAGAAUUUGGCGACACCAUCUCUCGCCGAGCACGACAGUCGUCAGCUAGGCAAGCGUCUUCAUCCUCCGCGAUGACGGGGGUCUCGCUGAGAAUGCUGACGGGGCGGCGCGACAACCGCCUUGCCGCGCGGAGAGCUGCAGUCACACCAGCCUAUUCGCCAACACGCCCCCCUCCGCUGGCGCCGUCGUGGAGCGCAGAGCCCUCGCUAUACCCAACGGAGAGCUGCGGCGAGGGCAGCUGGAAUGCUCUUGCGCCGUGCAAUUCGCAAAGCGACGGUCGUCGUGGUCGUCGCCACGGUCGCCGUGUGCGGUGCGGCACCGAGGAGCUGGAGUACUACGGGGCCCGCAUGCAGGAGUGUGUAGCGGCCAUUUUAGUCCAGCAGAUGCGUUGCGUGCAGCCGCUCGUGCAGGCACUCCGCCAGAGAUUUCUUAGCGCGUUGCAGGCCACAGUGGAGUCCGUGGCGCUGCUGGACACGCUGCUCAGCUUUGCUCUUUACUCGCUCACACACCACUGCACGCGACCGGUGAUGGUGGAGCUGAAGACGGGAUUGACCACGGCAGCGUCGGACGCGCAUGUGUGUGAGACGUCGCUGUCGGACGAAGAGGCGGAGGUGAAGCGAAGGGACAGGGACGAGGACCCGUUCGUGGUCAGCGAGAACCCUGAUGGUUCAACCUCCCUCAAUGCGACUGCGACUACAUCUCCCAGUGCUAGUCCGAAAAGCACUGCAUCCUGUUCAGCACGCCUUGCGUCCGCUAUGAUGAGCGACGAUGUCGCAGACACGAAGAGGAAGUCCAGCCAAGGUCUGGCUUUCUUCAUCAAAGAUGCUUUUCACCCUUCCGCGGGUGUCACCGGUGCCUCUCUGGGCCGAUCAAACCAGCAGUCAUUGCCGCGUUAUCCCGGUGGCGUUGCGACUCACCUGCAAGACGCACCAGUAGCAACGCCGAUGUGCGUGGGGGGCGGUCUGAGUCUGUCCUGGGGAACGCACGGAGAGGUGUGCAUCAUCACCGGCCCUAACGCCUGCGGUAAGACGACGCUGCUCCGCAUUCUGGGCCAGCACAUUACUCUCGCGCAAGCCGGCUGCUUCGUUCCGGCGCGGCAGGCAAGGAUUUUUCUCGCAGACCGCCUUCUGGCACACAUGUUGUGCGAGGAGCUGCCCAGCGUUUUGCACUCGUCCUUCAAGCGCGAACUGAUGGAAUUGAAUGAGCUGACGCACGCGGCGACGGAGGAGAGCAUGGUGUUAAUGGACGAGCUGGGCCGCAGCACCACCACAGCGCAGGGCUUCAGUCUUGCCUGGGCAACGGCGCUCUUUCUCGGUCAUCGCCACGUCCACGCGGUGCUCACAACACACUUUGCAGGGUUGCCGAGUUUAACGCGGGUGCGGCCGGGCCGCGUGGUGGCCUUCCAUUUUCGCGUCUCGCUCGCGCAGGUAGAAAUGCGGACCGGGCGAAAAUGGCAGCAGCGGCCGCCGACAGAGGAGGCGAAUCACGCGCCGGAACGUGCAUCUCGGGCUGCGAGGUGUUCACUAGCGCGUCCACGAGCCACGACAGCGGCUACGACAGCGGCAGCGACGCCGGGUCCGCGUAUCACGAUUGCGCGCUUUGGUCAUGAGCUGUUUCCCGGGCCGUGCCCGCAGCGGUGGUACGGUCUUGCCAUGGCGGAGCGGCUGGGCUUUUUUGAACCGGUGCUGACGAUGGCGCGACAGACGCGUGCGUGCCACCGCGAAGUCAGCGAAGGCGCGAUGGGUGCGCAUGACGCAGAGGGCGACAGAGUCAAAGAGUGA